AUGUGCGAUGGAGAAGGAUUCCUGCAGUUCUUCACAGCAUUGGGUGAAAUGGCACAGGGUGAAUCUAUCCCGUCAACGUUUCCUGUGUGGCAAAGGGAGUUGCUUUCUGCAAGGAAUCCACCACGAGUCACGUUUACUCAUCAUGAAUACGAAAAACCAAAAAACACCAAGGGCAACGUCUUGACCAUGCAUGAGAUGGAUACAAAAUCAUUUUUCUUCGGCUCUACUGAGUUGUCAGCCAUUCGUGGGUUUGUUCCAGAAAACCUAAAAAACAUCUCAACCUUUGAGAUGAUAGCAGCUACUAUUUGGCGUUGUCGUACUAUCGCUUUACAGCCUGAUCCUGAAGCGGAGAUGCGUUUCAUGUUCCCUGUUAAUGCACGAACCAAGUUCAACCCUGCUCUUCCUGUUGGAUAUUAUGGAAAUUGCUUCGUCCAAGCAUGUGCAAUUUCAACAGCCAAAGAUCUUUCCCAUAAACCAUUAUGCUACGCAUUAGAGCUUGUGAUGAAGGCCAAAGCUCUUGUUUCUGAAGAGUAUUUGAGAUCAAUGAUCGACCUAAUGGUUUUGAGAGGACGACCUAUGGUUAAUCUUGAUCAUGCCUAUAUGAUGUCUGGCAUAAGUAAGUCUAAAUUCGACGACAUAGAUUUUGGGUGGGGGAAAGCAUCCUAUAGAGGAAUUGCCAAAGAAGGACUAGAUUUCUUACCAGGGGUCUUUAAUUACUAUAUACCUUUCAAAAACAACAAAGGUGAAUAUGAAAUUAUGGUUCCUAUAAGCUUACCAAGCGCAGCAAUGGAUAUAUUUGUUAAAGAUCUUAAUGACAUUUUGAUGUGGAAUAAUGAUAAGAAAACUCUUAAAAAAACAAAAGCUACUCGUUCCUGGUUGCUCUUCUAA